AUGUGCCGUCUGUCGUAUGCUCACGCUGCUGACGUGCUUUCCGCUUUUUUAACCUAGGCGCUGCCUGUGUAUGGCCUUCAAUUGAAGCUGCUUCUGCUCCGCCACUCUGCCAUUGGACUCUUGAUAGUCGUCUCCCCACACUGCUGCUGGGGGGACUUUUUAACAUAGGCCUCUGUAUGGCCUUCAAUUUAAGCUGCUUACGCUUUGCCACUCUGCCAUGGGCCCCUGUACCGCCUCCUCUUGCUGCUGCCAGGUCCAGAGUGUGUCAUGGGUCCCUGUACGGCCUCCCAUUGCUGCUGACUUCAUCGCCAGACUCUGCCAUGUGCCACUUUCAGGGU